UAUAAAAAUAGCCUAGCCGGCGUAGUAUUCUUAGAUCGAAGCACGUUUCCAGGUCGGUUUACGCGAUUAGUUUAGCGCUUUCAAUGAAAUCGGACAUCAGCCAGUUCCAGCGCUACUGCGAAAAAGCCAUAGGGCAGCUAACUGCCGAAUCUCUAGAAGCGUUUAAAGAGACGAAGGAUGACGUGGCGCGCAUCCAGGUUAUGUACCCGUUGGCCCAGCAAAUCCCCCUGGACCCUGGGGGCUGCUCGAAAAACUUUCAAGAGGCUGAACAGCUGAAGAGCGCCGGCAAUCGGGCGUUUGCGCUCAAGGACUAUUCUGAAGCCAUCCAGAGCUACAACCAGGCCAUCAUCUGCUGCCCUCAACAAACAAUCGAAGACAGACAGCUGCUGACCAUCUUAGUGUCCAACCGGAGUGCCUGCAACUUCGAGCUGGGCAACAUACGCAAGGUGUUAGACGACUUGGACUACAUUGGGGAAAUCGGGGACUACCCCAGCCAUCUCUGUUACAAACUGUGGCUGCGCAAGGGCAAAUGCUACUCCGCCCUACAGAACAAGAAACUGGCCGGCGAGGCCUUCAACGAGGCGUUGAAGUGUCUGGAGCAAAGCGGGCUGACGAAAGAGGCCUUGCAGACGAAGGCCCACGAAAUCCAAAGGGCCCAGACCGGACAGGCGAAGCUCCAGGCACCCAAAAGCCAGCUGGAGCUCAUUGCGGCCUUUCCAGAGGAGCGGUUUGUGGGCGGCGAAGAGUUUCCGGCGGCCCAUCCCAAGAUCACUGUUAGCCAGGAUAGUAUCCAAGGCCGCUAUGCCAAGGCUGUGGGAGAUAUUGAAACAGGCACCAUUCUGGUGGAGGAGACCGCAUUUGGUGCUGUGGUGGAUAAGGAGCACGCUUUGAAAAAUUGUCAGAACUGCCUGGCUUCGGUUGAGCUGCCUAUCGCAUGCCCUCAAUGUUCGGAGGUGAUCUUCUGCAGCACUCACUGCAGCCGGAUGGCCUUCAAAAGCUUUCAUGGGGUGGAAUGCGGGAUGCAGCGCCAGCUAUUCCAAUGCGGCGCUUCGGUUAACUGUCUUUUGGCCUUGCGGCUCAUCAGCCAGAAGCCGCUGAGGUUCUUCCUGGACAAGCGCAGCAAGCUGCAAGACUUUAUGCGGGAUUCUUGCAAAAAGAGCGCCCCAUAUAAGAAGGUCUAUAGGUCAAACGACUACGACAACGUCUUCUUCCUCUGCCGCAACGAAUCGCUGCGCAAGAAAGAGGAACUGGUGGCUUACGCCUGCAUGUCCAUCUACCUUCUUCGACUUCUGAAACAAGGGUUCUAUUUUGGGGAGAGUACCGCCGAAGCCCCAACAACAAACGAGCUCUUUGUUGGGGGGCUGCUGCUCAGACACCUGCAGAUAUUGCAGUUCAACGCUCACGAAAUUUCACAGCUCCAGAAUAGGUCCUCGGGAUUCGAGGCAGCCUGCAUUGGGGCGGGGCUCUACCCCACCUUGGCCCUCUUCAACCACUCUUGCGACCCCAGCCUGGUCCGGUACAAUGUGAGGAAUAAAAUAAUCGCCCGAGCCAUCCGGCCCAUUAAGGCGGAAGACAUCAUUUACGAAAACUAUGGGCCGUUGUACAGUGCGGCCGACUUGCAGCAGCGCCUGGAGGAGCUGAAGAAGAACUACUGGUUUGAGUGCAUGUGCCAGCCCUGCACGCAACUGUGGCCCACUGUGAGGGACAUGCGCGAAAACGAACUCAGAAUCCCCUGCAGGAAUGAUCAAUGCCCUUAUGUGUUUCUGGUGAAAGGGGAUGAUGACCCCUUUCUGACCUGCCCUUAUUGCGAGAACGUCACCGGCCUUCUGCCCAACCUCAGAGGAUUGAUGAAACUGGAGGAAAUCCUACCAGAGGCUGAACAUAAGCUAGGCGCCGCCCACUUCGAGGUCGCCCUCAGGAAGUUCGCGGAAGCCCUCGAUGUUUUGUUCCAGUUCUCCUCGCCUCCGCAUCCGGAAAUCAUCAAAGUGCAGCAGCGCAUGAGGGACUGCAUGGUGCAUUUUGGGAACAAGGCCUUUGACUACAAGCCACAUAUUAUGCAAUAAACCAUUUAGAAUCCA